ACCUGUUAAGCGGUUUGGCAAAGCUGAACCAUGAUGAACAUGAGGAAACUCAUAGUUCUGUGAAGAAGGUUGAAAUGAAGGAAGGUGAUUGGAUCUGCCCAAGGUGUAACUUCAUGAACUUUGCAAAGAAUGUAAUAUGCCUGGAAUGCGAGGAGGAACGGCCAAAGAGAAACGGCGAAUGGGUGUGUCCCCAAUGUGUUUUCUUCAAUUAUGGAGGAAACACAGUGUGCUUCAGGUGUGCGUGCAAACGACCCGGCGACGUUGUAUCUAACAUCACAUGGGAAAACCCGAGCCAAUAUUCUUAUAAUCUCCUAUACAGCAGUAACUGUACCGGGCAUUCUCAUCAAGCAAAUUCGAGUUUUGCUUGGACACGAAACAUCGGAAACCCGUCACAGAAUACCUACUGCCCUCAAACAAACCAACCUUCAAUUUGGAACAAUGGCUACUCCCGCUAUGAAGCUGCCACCAAGGAGACGGAUAUGGUGGGAAUGCCAUUACAGAACACGAGCGGAAAGAGUCUAGAUGUGUUGGAUAUGUCAGAGGAGGCAAAGGCGGAAAGAUGGUUCAAGAGGGUCGCCGAGAUCAAAUACAUAUCGGAAUAUAGUAAAAUCCCGGACGAAGAUUUCCCGUCCAUAAUGCCGAUGAUGAAAGGGGUUAACAGGUAUGUGGUGAGCAAGAGGAAAACGCCAGUGGAGAGGAGGUUAACUUCUCAGCAGUACCAGCGAAAUCUUCAGAGGGUCUCUUCUGAAAUCUCUGAAGAACAAUGACUAAGGUGCAAGUUGAUGAAACUUGAGGUUUGUGUUUUGUAUUUAGUUGUUGAUUUUUUUUUUGGUUGCGUUUAUUGUAACACUAUUAGUGUUUCAUCCUACACACUAAAAAGGUUAUAGAUAAUAAUCAUAUAAUUAGGUUGUAUA